GCGCGGCGGAGGUUCCCCCGGAGGCCCUUGGCCAGGCCUGAGCCUCUGUCGCCAUGGCCAUUGUGCAGACUCUGCCAGUGCCACUCGAGCCCGCUCCUGAGGCCACCACUGCCCCACAAGCUCCAGCCAUGGGCAGCGUGAGCAGCCUCAUCUCAGGCCGGCCCUGCCCUGGGGGGCCAGCUCCUCCCCGCCACCAUGGCCCCCCUGGGCCCACCUUCUUCCGCCAGCAGGAUGGCCUGCUCCGGGGUGGCUAUGAGGCACAGGAGCCGCUGUGCCCAGCUGUGCCCCCUCGGAAGACCGUCCCUGGCACCAGCUUCACCUACAUCAACGAGGACUUCCGGACAGAGUCACCCUCCAGCCCGAGCAGUGACAUUGAGGAUGCCCGAGAACAGCGGGCACGCAAUGCCCAUCUCCGCGGCCCCCCACCCAAGCUCAUCCCUGUCUCUGGAAAGCUGGAGAAGAACAUGGAGAAAAUCCUGAUCCGCCCAACAGCCUUCAAGCCGGUGCUGCCCAAACCUCGAGGGGCACCAUCCCUACCUAGCUUCCUGGGUCCUCGGGCUGCCGGACUGUCUGGGAGCCAGGGCAGCCUGACACAGCUGUUUGGGGGCCCUGCCUCGUCCUCGUCCUCCUCCUCCUCCUCGGCUGCUGACAAACCCCUGGCACUGAGUGGCUGGACCAGCGGCUGCCCAUCGGGGACACUGUCUGACUCCGGCCGAAACUCACUGUCCAGCCUGCCCACCUACAGCACCGGGGGUGCGGAGCCAGCCAGCCACUCCCCAGGCGGGCACCUGCCCUCCCACGGCCCUGCGCGGGGGGCACUGCCCGGGCCAGCCCGAGGGGCCCCUACUGGGCCCUCCCACUCGGACAGUGGCCGAUCCUCCUCCAGCAAGAGCACAGGCUCCCUGGGAGGCCGUGUGGCUGGGGGGCUCUUGGGCAGUGGUGCCCGGGCCUCGCCUGACAGCAGCUCCUGUGGGGAGCGCUCCCCACCCCCGCCCCCACCCCCUCCACCCCCUUCGGAUGAGGCCCUGCUGCACUGUGUCCUGGAAGGAAAGCUCCACGACCGUGAGGCAGAGCUGCAGCAGCUGCGGGACAGUCUGGACGAGAGUGAGGUGACCGUGUGCCAGGCGUAUGAGGAGCGGCAGCGGCACUGGCCGCGGGAGCGGGAGCCGCCACGGGACGACAGCGCAGCCCAGGCCCAGCGGGCGCAGCGGGCCCACCAGCUGCUCCAGCUGCAGGUGUUCCAGCUGCAGCAUGAGAAGCGGCAGCUGCAGGACGACUUCGCGCAGCUGCUGCAGGAGCGGGAGCAGCUAGAGCGGCGCUGUGCCACCUUCGAGCGGGAGCAGCAGGAGCUCGGGCCACGGCUCGAGGAGACCAAGUGGGAGGUGUGCCAGAAGUCAGGUGAGAUCUCCCUGCUGAAGCAGCAGCUCAAGGAGUCCCAGGCAGAGCUGGUGCAGAAGGGCAGCGAGCUGGUGGCCCUGCGGGUGGCGCUGCGAGAGGCCCGAGGCGCGCUCCGGGCCAGUGAGGGCCGGGCGCGGGGCCUGCAGGAGGCGGCCCGGGCUCGGGAGCUGGAGCUGGAGGCCUGUUCCCAGGAGCUGCAGCAGCACCGCCGGGAGGCCGAGCGGCUCCGAGAGAAAGCUGGCCAGCUGGACAGCGAGGCGGCCGGACUCCGGGAAGCCCCCGGGUCACCUGCCGCCGCCGACCCAUUCCUCCUGGCAGAGAGCGAUGAGGCCAAGGCGCAGCGGGCGGCCGCCGGGGUCGGGAGCAGCCUGCGCGCCCAGGUGGAGCGGCUGCGGGCAGAGCUGCAGCGGGAGCGGCGGCGGGGUGAGGAGCAGCGGGACAGCUUCGAGGGGGAGCGGCUGGCCUGGCAGGCGGAGAAGGAGCAGGUGAUCCGCUACCAGAAGCAGCUGCAGCACAACUACAUCCAGAUGUACCGGCGCAACCGGCAGCUGGAGCAGGAGCUGCGGCAGCUGAGCCUGGAGCUGGAGGCCCGGGAGCUCGCCGAGCUGGGCCUGGCCGAGCCGGCCCCCUGCAUCUGCCUGGAGGAGAUCACCGCCACCGAAAUCUAGGGCCCUUGGCAUCCCAGAUCUGCGGGGAGCUCUGCCGAAGGGGGGAGGUGGCGGGAGCCUCAGGUCCACGGGGGUCCCCAAAGUCUUGAGGGCCCCAGAACCACUCGUCCCCUGGGAUCCAGGCCUCUGGGCCUCUGCCAAGACCUUGGGGCGGCCCUGCGACUUGGAUGAGCAAGAUCAGACUCCUUGAAGGUCCCCGUUUCACGGUCAUGCAGAGGCUCCUGCUCGCUUGACCCAUUUCACCCCCCUUCUGCCAUUGCCACUCUGCCAAGCGCAUUCAUCCCAGACGCCAGGGGGCUGGGAGGAGGAGGGGGGGGCGCCUUCGUUUCCACACUCUCCCCUACCCCAAAGCCAGAGAGAGCCAGACAGCGCCAGCUGCCCCAGAUGUGCCUGCCCCCACCCUGCCCGUGUCGGGGGCCAGGGCUGGGACUGGGAUGUGACCCCCAGGCUCCAGCCCUGCAGCCUCUCUCCUGGGACAAGGGGGCUGUAGUCAGACCAAAGGAAGAACUCAGCAUUGUCUUGUUUAUUUGUGUUUGUGACCAAGUGGCCCCUCCCCACACCCAAGUUUAUGGCCUCGUUUUCACUUGUAUAUUUUUCCACACUGUAAAUUUCUUGUACAAACCCAAAGAAAAAAAUUAAAAAAUCUUUUGUUU